CACCAGCGCGCCUUCAUCGACUGCGUGCUCGACACGGGCGCGCUCAAGUUCGGGGCCUUCACGCUCAAGUCCGGCCGCGCCUCGCCCUACUUCUUCAACGCGGGCAAGGUCUGCGACGGUCCCAACGUGCUCUCGCUCUUCGAGGCCUACGCGGCCGCGAUCGUCGCCUCGGGCCUCGACUUCGACGUCAUCUUCGGCCCGGCCUACAAGGGCAUCCCCCUCUGCGCCGGCGUCGCCGCCGCCCUCGCCGGCCGCGGCGUCAUCGCGCAGUUCGCGUACAACCGCAAGGAGGCGAAGGACCACGGCGAGGGCGGCACGCUCGUCGGCGCGGACGUCGCGGGCAAGAAGGUCUUGCUCGUGGACGACGUCAUCUCCGCGGGCACGGCCGUGCGCGAGGCGACGGGCAUCCUGAAGCAGGCCGGCGCGAUCCUCGUCGCGGUCUGCGUCGCCGUCGACCGGGAGGAGGUCACGGGCGGCGCGGCGCCGCCGGAGCCGGGCGCGCCGCGCGUCUCCGCCGUCGCCGCCGUCCAGCGCGACCUCGGCGUGCCCGUCGUGCCCAUCGUCACGCUCACGGACCUCCUCGCCUACCUCGACGCGGCCAAGGGCGGCGACGCGGAGACGGCGAAGCACGCGGACGCGGUCCGCGACUACCGCGCGGUCUACGGC